UGCAAACUUUUGCACACCUUUCUCGUUCACAUUCUUUUGUGUUCGCCCCCUUAACGACCUUUAACAAAUUUCGCAUUUUUACCCUCGCCUUUCCUUUUUUCAAUAUUGCCCGACCCUACGCUCGCCCUCCACACUUCCUCGGUAUUUUUUGACGACAAUGAAGCUUCUGUGGACAUUCAUCCUUGUGUCCGGGACUCUGGUUCAGGCCAGUCAGUAUUCGUAUACCGCAUACAGCCCACAGUUUCCCAUACCGACCAACCUAUCAGAGACGGUUCCGAACGAGGUUACACAGGCACCGACCAGCCUGGCCACUACCUCAAUUUCCGUUACUCCUGCGAUUCCUGCGAUUCCGGCUGUCCCUGAGUCCCCGGCCAUUGGCUAUGUAACCAAACCACUUCCAGCGCCUGUGGUGCCCAGUCAGUCUGAGCCCGAGGCACCUAGCUCGUCCGAGCCUGUGUUCACAAUUCUGCCAGUGACGCCCACGAUACCAACCUGGUAUGAGCCCGUAGCUACAAUUCUGCCUGUGACUACCACAUCACCAAGACAGCCUGAGCCUGCAGUGCCUGCGCCCAGCACACCCAGCACGCCUAUGACACCCAAAACCACCACGAGGGACGUAAUUAUUAUUGAUAUUGAGAUCAAGCCAACCAUCGUAAAGCCAGUGAGCACUCUUCUUCCAACCUCGGCUGCCAUCGUAAGUACCAAGCUCGAGGAGGCCACCUUGGUUAAUGAUUGUACCGAGGAUAUUGUCACCAUUGUUACCGAGUACUGGGAUGAGAUCCCGCCACCAAUUCCCUGUGCACCCAACCCUUCUAUGUCACUGGGCUGUGGUCCCCCUGAGCCAUUAGUGCCCAUUCCGGGCCCUUCGACCACCGCUGCUGUCGAGACUCCGGCGUACACCGCUAAUAGCGUGUACACUGUUCCUGAGACUGUUGUGGAGGUUGUCACCGAGUAUGUGGCUAUCACUAUCUGGGACAAGACCAGCACCUUGUCGCUGCCUGCACCCACCCAGUCUCUACCCAAGCCAACCGAGCCAUCUGCACCUUCUACCGCGAGCAGCACCCCGGUGACUGCAACCCCUGGCCCAUCUAAAAACCCUGCUCCAUUCACGCCUCCUGCCGAAACCGACUUCCCGGUGCCGCCUACCAUCCCCGCCAUAACUGACGUUCCAGCACCAUCCCCUCCUCGCAUUAUCACCGACCCUGUCGUACCUUCCAUCCCUUCCAUUACACUUGUUAUUCCAGAGAUAACCACUCCCAUCAUCGUAACCGAUAUUUGGACUGUGCCUCCUCCUUCCAUCAUUACUGAUCUCCCUGUCCCACCCACCACUCCCAUUUACCCUAUCUCAACUGGUAUUCAACCCGUAUACACGCCUCCCCUUAUAACCGAUAUCCCAACCCCUUCUGCGCCUUCAGUUGUAACCAUCAUUCCAAUUACACCUCCCACCUACCAAACUAACGUGUCGGCACCCACCCAGCCUGCAAAAUCUCUCGACACCGACUCCUUCACCUCAAGGACUGUCUUGUCAUCGAGCGAGAUCAAGUCUGAGGUCUGCACACCCUUGGUUGAAACUGUCACAGUUACACAGCCCCCAGUCACGGUCUACCUUAAGCCUACCUUUGUGACUGUCUCUCCCCCCUUCCCUACCAACACCUGGGUUGUUUGGCCAACCACCGAAAUUGUCACUCCGUUUCUCCCUGGACCAGUCAUCUGGACCAGCAGCUUCUCCAAUGCCCCGAGCAUUCCCGAUCAACCAAUUGUGACUGUUACUGUUGAGGAGCCUACUUCCUGCACUUCCUCGUGGGUGAAAUCUUAAAAAUGUAGAAUGUCCUUUUGAAAAGACUUUUUUUAUAAUUCCAGCCCCCCAAAAAAGGGACUUUGCUUGUUUACCCAUACUAGAAAAAUAAGCAGCGACCAACAUCCUCGGGACAUAUUCAGCGCA